UUCUGGCGGCUGCGUCGUGUCGUCGAUCGUCGCCUACGAGGAGUCUGGUACGCCAUUUGCAUCUGGGACGGCAAGAAAGUUUACGGAAGGGUGAGUAUAAGGCGUGGUUUCCCUGAUUAUUAUAUUUCAGUUCUGUUUCGCCUUUAUUCCUCUUCUACGUUGUGCCGUGCCUAACGUCCAAUUCACCUAGCCAUCCCGCAUUCGCUACAUACAUCACGGGCUUCAUCAACGCAGUCCCAUCCGUCCACCUCCGCUCCCACAUAUUUCCCCCCUCCACCGGACUCCCCCCCGGAACGCAAAUCCCUCCUCUCCCGCAUCCUCCGCUUCUCCCUCAUCUCCUCCGUCUUCUUUGUCACCGGCUUCAUCAUGGCCGCCUCCCCCGCCGCCGAGAACCUCAAAGCAUUCCGCGACCCCCCCACCGACGAAGAGACCCUCACCCUCUUCCACCCGGCCCCCGACACCCAGGCCGCCGAGGUCGAAGCCUACAUCCAGCGCCACCCGUUCGUGGAGCACCUACGACAAAACGCCACCCUCCGCGAGUCGCGCCCCCAUCUGAAGAUCCCCGAGGCGGUGCGCUCGAACACGCUGACGGCGGGCACGCUGCUCGGCGAAGACCGGAUUGCGGUCCCCCCGAUCCAGUUCGCGGAUGGCGAGGGGACAGAGAUGAUCGCGCUGUACUACCUGGGCAAGUCGCUGUGCGGGCACCCGGGGAUCGUGCACGGAGGCUUGCUGGCGACGUUGAUGGAUGAGGGGUUGGCGCGGUGCUGCUUUGAAAGCUUGCCGAAUAAGGUGGGGAUGACGGCGAGUUUGAAGAUCGAUUAUCGGCUGCCGUGCAAGGCGGAGCAGUGGGUGGUGUUGAGGGCAAGGACGACGAAGACGGAGGGGCGGAAGGCGUGGGUGGUGGGGAAGUUGAUGGCGUUGGAGAGUCCGGAGGAGUGGAUGGAGGGGGAGAAGGCGAAGAUUACGAAUGGGGUGAAUGGGGAGAGGUUGUUCGUCGAGCCGAAGCAGGCAGCGGUAAGUUGGAGAUGAAUUCCUCCACAUGAAUUUGACUGACGAGGACAGACCAUGAAGAGGUUGAUGGGGAACAAGCGUACGUAAAAGGUCAUACUAGACUUAUGUUACGUGUUUCUGUGCUUUUCACGAGGCGCACUGG